UAAUAAUAAAUAAUAUUUAGAUAGUCCAUUUUGACGGCCGAGCUCUAAUUAUUUCAAAAUAAUGCAGAAACUAUCAUCAAAAUUGCUCAAGCAGCAAACUGUUUUGUGUGAUCAUGCACUUUCUGAAAAAAAUGAUAUUAAACCAUUAGAAGGAAAAAGAAGACUGGGACGAUUUCCAAUUGUCUCAACAUCAGUAAUUGUCAAAAAACAUAAUGAUUCAGCCACUUUCAAUAAGCAUCUGGUGUCUGCUGAUUCAUCAACUACAGGAAUUGAAAAUAAUACAUUUUCUGUUUCAAUGGAUUUUGCUCUUGUCCAGGAGGUCGAGAAAGUAGAAGCAGCAUUGGAAGUAAAAGAAAAUCAACUGAGUAUAUGUACUGGUAUUGAGACUGUGGAGCUAAAAAACAGCUUAGAUAUUGUCUCAUCCCAACAAGAAGCACACUCAGUCAUUCAACCUUAUUUCCCACACAUUGUCAAAGAGACUAAUUUGAGUAAACGUAAACACAUUAAAUCCUGUGACAGAAUUCUUUCACAAAAAGAAUCAAAAACUACUCAACAAACUUCUAGAAAAACAUCUCUGCUUUCAGAAAACUUCAGUCCUAGCAAUAGUCCAGUAGAAAAAAAGCCUAAAACAAAAUUUAACCCUGGACAUCUUCUAAACUGUUCUAGUUCUAGUGAAAAAAGAAAGCGAUUUUUAUUUCAAACUCCUGAACAUCAAGUUUUGAAGCAUGCUUCUACGUUUAAUAAGAAAAAUGUUAAAAAAUCUUUUGCUAAUAAAGACGUGGGAUUGAUUGAUAUUAGCUAUUCACCACUGUGUUAUACUAUUAAAAAAAACAAAGAAGAAGAAUUUAGUGAUACAAAAAGUUCACAAAAUGUGGCAAUGGAAUGUUUUAUCUCCACACCAAAAAGUCAUAAAGUAGGGUGUUCAUCCUCUAAAAGUUUUAAAAAACAUCAGAAUAAUAUACAUCCUAAGCACACCACUUCCACCAGUUAUGUCAAGAAAAUGAAAGACCAUGAACCAGAUGCAUUUUCAAGUAUUAAAAAUACAGCACACGGCCAUCCUCAUGUGACAAGUUCACCGCAUCAAACAAAAAUUGUUACUAAAACAAACGGUGCUCAAAUAAAUUCUGUUUUCCAUCAAAGAAAUGAAUCAUUAAAUGAAACUGACUCACCCAAGCUAAUAGUAUCUUUUAGUCACUUGAACCUAUCAGAAGAAAAAAGACAUCUCAGUUCUUGGGGUUUGCCAGAGCCUGUACUACAAGCUUAUAAAAACCAAGGAGUGACUACCAUGUUUGAAUGGCAAACUGAAUGUCUGCUUACUGACAAUGUUCUUGGAGGAGAUAACAUUAUUUAUUCUGCCCCCACAAGUGCUGGAAAAACUCUUGUCGCAGAACUGCUUGUCUUGAAAAGAGUAAUAGAAACCAGAAAGAAAGCUUUAAUUGUUCUUCCUUUCAUUUCAGUUGCUAGAGAAAAAAUGUACUCACUUCAGCGCCUCUACCAAGAUGCUGGAAUUCAAGUUGGAGGUUUUAUGGGAAGCUAUUCAUCUGCCGGAGGGUUUUCUAGUCUUGAUGUAGCUGUAUGUACUAUAGAGAAGGGCAAUUCAAUUAUCAAUAAGCUAAUGGAAGAUGGACAACUAGGAGAAUUAGGUGCCAUAGUUGUGGAUGAGCUUCACAUGGUUGGUGACUCACAUCGUGGAUAUUUAUUGGAGCUGAUGCUUACCAAGUUGACCUAUGUAGCACACAAACAUAGUUAUACAAGUAAUAGAGUGCAAAUAAUUGGAAUGAGUGCAACACUGCCAAACCUCUCUCUGUUGGCUAAAUGGCUUAAAGCUUCACUAUAUUUUACUGACUUUCGACCUGUGCCCCUAACUGAGUACAUUAAAGUGGAUAACAAAAUACUUGAUGCUGAAUUAUUGAUCAAACGAGAAAUACCAGCGCUUCUAUCUUUUCCUGAUGAUCUGGAUCAUGUAAUUGCUCUGAGUUUAGAAACUGUAUUAGAUGGACAUGCAGUAUUAAUAUUUUGUCCCACCAAAGUGUGGUGUGAAAACUUGUGUGAGACAAUAGCCAGAAGAUUUUAUGCACUAAUUCAUGAAAAUAAACACACAAAAAUGAAGGAAAAUGUUUUGAAUCUCAUAACAAAUGGUAAAUUAUUAAAUUUGGACCAAGACAACUUAAAAGAGACUGUAGAGCAGUUAAAGAGGUGUCCUGUUGGUGCAGAUCCUGUACUAGCUAGGUGUAUUCUCAAUGGUGUGGCUUAUCAUCAUGCAGGACUUACUUUUGACGAAAGAGAUAUAAUUGAGGGUUCAUUUCGACAAGGAAAUUUAAAAGUACUUGUUGCAACAUCUACAUUAUCUUCAGGGGUAAAUUUACCAGCACGGAGAGUGAUCAUAAGAACUCCUAUUUUCCAUGGUCAGGUCCUUGAUACCUUGACAUAUAAACAAAUGGCUGGCAGAGCUGGUAGAAAAGGGGUUGAUACACAAGGUGAAAGUAUUUUAAUUUGUAAACCUCAAGAAAAACUCAAAGGAAAAUCUUUGCUUAGAUCAGACCUUCCACCAGUGAAGAGUUGUCUUCAGUUCAGUUUAAAAGGUGGCCUCAGCAAUUGUUUGAAAAGAGCUGUUUUAGAAGUUGUAGUGAGUGAAGUUGCUAAAAGCUCAGAUGAUGUGGUGACAUAUAUAGGCUGUACCCUGUUUGCUGUCUCCCUAUCCAAUGAAAGAAAAGAAGAUGUAAAAACAACAAUGGUAAAAAGCUGCAUUAAAUUUCUUCAAGAAAAUGAACUUCUCUCUGUCCAAGUCAUUUCAAAUAAUAAUGGAUCAGACGUUGAGAAGUUUUUUCCAACCCAGCUCGGUUCAGCAAUUUUUGCCUCUUCCUUCUCACCAGAUGAAGGCCUGUUGAUAUUUGCUGAAUUAAACAAAGCUCGUAAAGCAUUUGUUUUGGAUUCUGAUCUACAUAUUGUUUAUUUGGUAACACCAAUGUACACCACAGAUACUUCAACUGUAAUUGACUGGUAUCAGUAUCUUGCCAUAUGGGAAGCUUUGACACCAGCAGACAGGAGAGUGGCUGAACUUGUGGGCGUUUCCGAAGCUUUCAUAGCCAGAGCUAUUAAUGGCAGAGUGAACAUGAAAAAUACUGUGCAGAGAAAGAUCAUGGAAGUUCAUCAAAGAUUUUAUACAGCAUUAGUUUUGAAUAAUUUGAUUCAAGAAACCCCUAUACUAGAUGUAGCAAUGAAAUACAAUCUUAACAAAGGUCAGCUUCAAUCUUUGCAACAGACAGCUGCCACGUAUGCAGGAAUGGUCACGGUUUUCUGUGGGAGAUUAGGAUGGCACAAUUUGGAGCUGCUGUUGUCUCAUUUCCAGAAAAGACUUUCAUGUGGAGUUCAACAGGAAUUGGUUGAUUUAGUACGAAUAUCCACCUUAAAUGCAUCAAGCGCUAGAAUGUUGUAUAAUGGAGGCUACCACACAGUGGCAGAUGUAGCAAAGGCAGAACCAAUUGAAGUUGAAAACCUUUUUAAAAAAGCUUCACCUUUUCAAAGUGAGAAAAAACAAGAUGGUGAAACAGAUUGGGAAUUAAUAGAAAGGCAACGUGCUAGAUGUAUCUGGUUGACUGGAAGAAAAGGAGUUACAGAAUUGGGUGCAGCAAAAGCUAUUAUUGAUGAGGCUAAGUCAAUCAUUGAAGAUGAUUUAGGAAUAAAAAAGAUUUCAUGGCAGCUCAAAAAUACCAAAGCAGAUGAUGAGACUAGUACUAAAAUAGUUACUGAAUGUGAAUAUAACGGGGAUAAAAGUGGAGUUAGACUAACUAAUGCAACCAAAACAAUUGUUGACAAUGAAGAGACAGACAAUUGUGUGAAAUCUAUAGCACUUGAUAAGGAAAAGAAAUCUUAUUUUGGAAGUUUAGUGAUGUCAGGCCAAGAAGCUAGUAAUUUUAACAAGAGUAAAGAACAAUCUUACUUCUAUCAAGUAGCAGUUAGUCCCCCACUAGGUAUAAGAACAGAUCUAAAUGGUAACUCAGGUUCAAGUUAUUUGAGUCCUAAGAAUGAUAACUCUACUAGCAGUCCUGCUUCCUACAUGGACAACAGUAAAAGUUUGCAAGCCUGUCCUCGCAAUCAAAAUAUUGCUUUCAGCACAACAGGAAUGAAUAUAACUGAAGUAAAUUGUGAUACUAGUACAGAAAAUACUGCAUCACAUACUCCUAAGAUUUUGUCUAUGAUUAACAGCACUAUUUCUUUUAAUGAAAGCAUUAUUUUAGACACUCAAACACUGCAUCUCUUGAAUAAACAAAAUUCUGAAAUACAUGAGGUAAUCACAAAUGAAUAUAUUGCACAAUCAUCUGAUGAAUAUAAAGCAACUGAACAAGACAACAAAACAUCUCAGGACAAAAAUAAAAGAAUUACCAGCCAUGAUUCAUUUUUAUACAGUUUACCAAUGACAUUAAUCAGUGAUUUAGAACCAAAUAAAUCCAUGACAAAAAUAUGCGAAGGCACUGCUGAUAUAAACUUGAGCACACAUAGCUGCUUUGAAAGAUUGCCUCAUUUUGAUGAAAAUGUAAGAGAUGAUAAAAAAUACAUUUCUUAUAAAAAUGUACACCAGGUAUCUCAGGAAAGUUUCUGCAAAUCACCCCUGAUAGAAGGAAGGCAGAUUGGGACACCUCAUGAGUAUUCACCAAUAGAGAAGUCCAGGUUUAACAAAGAAACUGAACUAGAUGACCCAUUAGAUGAAGAGGCUUUACUUGCAGCAUUAAACACAAGUGGUGAUAGUUUUUCUUACUCUCCACUGAUAACACAUUUAGGCAGCUCUAAUACAAACAUCCCAUGCUUUUCUACUCCAAGGAUUUUAAACAGCCCUUUUUCUUUGGAGAAUAAUAAGAGUAAAAAGAAUUCCAGUAGUUAUUCUCAGCUAAAAUCCAUUGACCUUCAGACAGAUGUGGACUCCACAUCCCAGAUUGACAUAAAUGAGAAGGUGACAGAAGAUAGUUUUUUGGAUUCAUUUAGUGUUUCUCUGAUGGACAAAGUGAUGACAGAAUGUGAUCAUCAGUUGAAGCUAAACUAUGGUAGCAAGAGUACACAAGUUCCGCAUCUUGGUAGAAAAGCAAGUAUGAGCACUGUUAGCACUUCUUAUAAUUCAAGUAGCAAAGAGUCAUUUCAUUGUGGUGAUAGUGACUGUGUACCACCCACCCCACCUAGAGAAGGAUCAGCAUCAUUUAAAUUAUCAUCCAACACGCCUUCAAAAGAACAGAAUUUAAAUUUUAGUAAAAGAUCUGUCAACCAUCUGCUACUAGCACAGAGCAGUGAAAUAGAUAAACCCAAAGAAAUUUUUACAAGUAUAAAAAAGUUUAAGAACAAUUUAAAAUGUCCCACCAUCUCGGCUGAUCAAAUUAAAACUAUUGAACUAGUCAAAAACCAAUUCCCUUGUGAUUCCACAAAAGAAGCUUUAUUUUUACCUGACUUGUGUACCCAGCAAUCAUUUACCAUCAUUGAUGUAUGUGCUGAUAAGCAACUUUUUCAUACUUUUCUUGAUGAAUGGAAGCUACAUCCUUAUUAUGCUUUGUCACUUGCCUGUGUAAAAAAAAUUCCAGAUAAAAAAAAGUCUCAUUCUGGCAUUGGUGGAAAGUUUGUUAAAAAAUCACCGAUAGAAACCAAAUUAGCUGAAGCAUGUGGUGUACAAAUCCCUGAAUGUCAUAGUAUGAUAGUUGGUGUAGCUGUGUCUUGGGAAGACAGGGAUGCCUAUUAUAUAUCUCUUGUGGCUGAUGGAUACAUAGUUAAAAAUAAACCUGAUGACACGCUAUCAGAGCCACCUAUUGAUGACACACUUCCACUAGAUUACAGAAUAGAAUCUUUAUAUAACAUUUUAGAUUGUUCUAAGCAAACAGUUGCUAUAUAUGACACAAAGCAGACAUAUGCAUAUUUAGCAAGCACAUUCGGAAUCACACUGUUACACUGUGAAGACCCUAGAAUAGCAGACUGGCUUCUUGAUCCUACAGCUCGGCUAAAGAAUCUUCAUCGGAUGGUAGCCAAUCAUUGCCCCAGUGAAAUGAUUUUAUUAGAUGCUAUUGGAGGAGCAAACAGCUAUCAAAGUAUAGGUCUGGACAUAAAGAAUCAAGUAGAUGGGCGGUUAAGAGCUUCCACUGAAAGUAUCUUGGUGAUGAAACUAAUGUCUAAAUACCAUACAUUACUUGCUGAAGAUGGUCUUAUGGAUGCAUUUGUUAAGGUUGAGAUGCCAUCGCUGAUUACCCUGGCAAGAAUGGAAUUGAAUGGUUUUGGAAUUAACAAUUCAGAACUAGAAACACAGAAGUUGACAAUGAUGAAAAAACUUGGUGUGCUAGAGCAGCAAGCUUACCAACAUGCAGGACAUGUUUUUUCUCUUACUUCAUCAGAUGAUGUAGCCAGAAUUUUGUACAUAGAAUUGAAACUUCCACUUAAUGGAGACCCAAGUUUAGUACCUCGGCUACCUUCUCGAAGUUGUAAUAGAAGGAGAACUACAUUAGGCAGUACAAGUAAAGAAAUACUAGAAAAGCUGACUAAAUAUCAUCGUUUGCCUGCUAUUAUAUUAGAGUGGAGACGCAUUAGUUCUGCUCUUACCAAGUCUCUGUUUGCCCUGCAAAGUUCCACAAGACAUUGUUCAAAGUUUGCUAUGUCUCGUGUUUUUGGUGAGUGUCAAUUCUUUACUGCUACUGGUCGAAUCAGCAUGAUGGAACCAAAUUUGCAGAACAUUCCUAAAGAUUUUUCAUUCCAAUUUCUGGAUAUUCAAGUAAAUCCAGAAAAUUCCAGCCAUUUAGAGAAAAGUAGAUCAAACAAUCAACAGCAUAAUAUUGAACCUGACCCUUAUCUGGCCGCUCCAAUUAGUCUUCGCAAACUGUUUAUUCCUUUUAAAGGUGGGGUACUUCUGGCAGCUGACUAUUGCCAGUUGGAGCUGAGAAUUUUAGCACAUCUCUCUGGUGAUAUUCAAUUAAUAUCCAUUUUGAAUGAUGUUGGAGCUGAUGUUUUUAAAAUGAUUGCUGCUCAGAUGAAGGGAUUAGAAUUAGAAGAUGUAUCAUCAGAACACAGACAACAUGCAAAACAAGUUUGCUAUGGUAUGUUAUAUGGCAUAGGAACAAAAGCAUUAGCUGAACAGUUGCAAGUUAAUGAAAAAGAUGCAGGUGUGUUCAUGGACACAUUCAAGUCAAGAUAUCCAGGUGUACGGAAAUAUUUAAGGAAUGCUGUUGAUCUUUGUCUCAAGAAUGGAUAUGUGAAAACAAUAUUUAAUAGGAGGCGUUACUUGCAAGCUAUUAAGAGCACAAAUCCUCAAGCCAGAGCACAGGCUGAGAGACAAGCAAUUAAUACAACAAUACAAGGCUCUGCUGCUGAUUUGGUCAAAAUGGCCAUGGUAAACAUUGAUAAUAAGUUGAUGCAGCUGUUUCCUUUGUCAGAUAAGAGACAUUACCUAAACCAACCAAAUUCCAAUAUCAGUAAAGGUGGCUUUCUGGUUCUUCAAUUACAUGAUGAAUUAAUUUAUGAAAUUUCUGCAAAUCAUUUAUUUGAAAUAUCAAAACUUGUUAAGCACCAAAUGGAGACAGCCCUUAAACUGGAUGUAUGUCUACCAGUGAAAUUAAAAGUUGGUCAAAACUGGGCUGAUUUACAGGAAUUAAUUUUAAACUAAUUUCAUUCCUCCUGAAUUUUAUUUGCAUAGACAGCUUGAGGCAAUGAACUGAAUGAAAUAUUAAAUAUUGACACAUAAAAUAUGAUAAAAAUGGCUGUUUUAUCAGCAGUAUAUAGGUUCUUACUUAUUUAUUUAUUAACACCAUUGCUCAAAGAUGUUUUAUUUUAGUGGUCAUCCAUUUGUACAAUGUUCUCAAAAAUAGCAAUUUUAGACCACACACAUUUAGUAACAGGUAUUUGUAUAUAUAUAUACUUUGCCUGUUUUUUAAUAUUAAAUGUAGAAUUUAGAGAAAGAACAUUUCAAUUUCUUGAGCUUACUAAUCACUAAAGUACUAAUUUUGUAAAUAUACAUUCUAUGAUUGAUUUAAAUUUAAUUAAUCACUGAGCUGGAUUUUUUUUAACAAAAAUUAGUAUUUUCAUUUAAUAAAUGUAUACAAAAGGCAUAUUUUCCCAGUUAGGCCAGUGGACAUCAUGAAUCACCCCUAAAUAUUUAUUUAUACAAUGCUGAGGCAAUCUUUUAAGGUUAUCUUAUUUAUAAAUGAUAGUAUUGAUAGGCCCUAUGUAUUCUUUAUUUCUUUUUUAAAGUUUGUUAUAAGGAAUAUGCCUACAUUGAUUUCAAAUUUUAAAAUUACAUAACUCUCAUAAACAUGAGUCAUUAUAAGAUCAUUUUGAUUAUGCUGCAGUUAAGUGUGUUCAUAAUCUCUUGACAUAGCUUUAGUUUAGCAUUACGUUUGGGUAAUCUAUUGUGUUUGAAUAUAUUGUUAAAACAGACUGUUGCCUAGUCUAUCUCUCUAAUAUAUAAUAAAAUAUAUGAAAUAAAAAUAAUAAGCCUAUCAAUUAAUAAUUUAUUAUCCUAAUGAAAAUUAUAAUUUACAGUAAUAUGCAUUAGCUGGUGUUGUGUUGUCAUUUUGAUUUAUAAUUAAAACUAAUUUUAUAGGCUACAUGAUGAAUUUUUAAACUUGUAAAAUAAAAUUUCAGUGUUAUUUUUUUUGUG